AUGGGAAGCCAAACUCCUAUGCAUCCUUCCCGCACUCCACUUCAUCCUUAUAUGACACCGAUGCGGGAUUUUGGAGCUAUACCUAUCCAUGAUGGAAUGAGGACACGCUUGCACGAUAGAGCUUGGAAUCCGUAUACGCCUAUGACUCUUUCUAGAUGGAAAUCCGGUAUCAUGGGGAACAAAUCUACCGGUAACCGAGAAGCCCUCACUUGCGAGCAUAUGAAGCACCUACACCUGGAUCAUGAUGGGAUAGUAGUACUCAUUGUCGUAAUUACUGUGUUCCUGGGACACCAAUACACAGUGGUUCGGUCUAUCUUUAUGCGCAACCAAUGUUUUGACGCUAAGCUCAUUAGUCUCGAUGGAUCCGAUGGUAUAGUUAAGUUAGAUGACAGUCUGGAUGUGAAGAUUCUUGACCUGGCUGGCUAUAUUAGCCAAGUUAGUUCAUGCGUGAUCCUUUGCUCAUGA